UCAUCAGUUCCGUUUUAGAGAGCUGCCCAGCGUCCUUCUCCCAGGUCAAUCGCUCGAGUUUACCAUUGUAUUCAGAAGCAAAAAGCCAGGCUACUUUUUUGAAAAUCUGUACCUUCUCACCCACCCAAAACUUAGGGAUUCUGAAGGCCGUGGCUACUCGUUGAGGCUUAGCGGGAUUUGUAUGGACCCUGAGAUUGUGGUAUUUAAUAAAGUGUAUAAAAUUAUUACUGCGCACAUACAGACUUUUUACGACAGUUCUAUAAACUGUGACUGUUUGAAUAAAACUUUGUUUCGUGGCCACGUCUGAAAUGCAAAUCGAUUUCCAGGAGACAGACGGCAAUAAAUCUCGACCAGAAAAUAUUAACGAACUUGUGAGUCAAACGACAUUGGAGCAAGAAGCCAAAGAUCUCAUGGACUCGGUGUUGGAUCACGCUUUAUUCAUAGAACCUGAACAUCCUACUACUCUCCCAUAUUUGAAGGUGACGAGUGAAAGUAUAUUUUACACGCACAACAGAAACCUCAAGUACUACUACGAGAUUUCGCAAAAGUCGUUGGAGACCGUUCGACGCAUAAUUGAACUUCUCGUGCCCCUUCAACGGAUUGAAAAAGUCUGUACGCUUUCUAUCGAGAGCUUAUACCAACUCCUGUGGACAAGAAACUCUUCUCAAGAUAUGUAUUGGACCCACUUUAAAACGGACAAGACGGAAAAAUUACUGAAAAAGUUGGCGAGCUAUAACAAUAUCUUAAUCCAACCUAGACGGUACUCGUACUGCACAGCAGACUCGCGAAAAAUCACUUCCAGCUACGCCACCUUUGUCACCCUGAUUGACCAAAUUUUGACAAGGAUGGAAUACAUUGAUGCGCUGUACAGUACUCGCGAGCUCCAAGAAAUUUUCAUUGACAUUUCAGUCCAGAAAUACGAAUCUAGAAAAUUGUACGACAAGGAGGAUAACAGCGUUUGGGACUUUGGAGCAUUUAUUCCACAAAUGAAUGAGGAAAUUUUUGAACCAUCUUCAAAAGAGGAGACGAUUGGUGCGUUGGAGGGUGAAACUGUCCAGGAAAUUGACAGUCGUCAAAUACAAAUCCAAGAGCUGGUGGAUAGACUCGUGGAGAUCUCACCGUCCAAGAAAACGGUACAGGAAGGAAAAGAGAAGAAGCGAAAGAAUCGGAAAAAUGACGUGGCUGCCACCUUAGGAAAGAAGUGGAAAAAGAAAUCCAAACAGGACAAGAAUGCUGUAGACGGGAUGGAGGAGGAUGAAGAGGGACGACUCUACGGACAACAAUCCGCAGCCACGGUCGAAAUGCUGGGGGAGUCAUCGCCGCUUACCAGAUCUGCUGGUUCCGGUUCUGGAGGAGGAACUGCGGAAGACAGUGAGGCUCCAACUUCCACACCACCACCACCUGCAGUGGAGGAAGAGAGAAGUCUCGCAACCCCAAUUUCACAACGUCUUGAGGAAUUACCUCAAGCCGUUCAAGAGCAAUUUCAAGAAGAGACAAAACGUAGGAUUUACCAAGCCAAGAGAAUGGUAUUUGAAGAUCUGUUGGCGAAAGGUAUUGAGCGCAUUAUUUGCGCAGUUGAUGCGUUCAACGCCAUGGAAGAUUACAGGCAGUCUGAAUUCUUGGCGAAACCCAACAUUUCCACAAACUAUUGUUGUUCCGAUUAAAGUUAGCCAAAUCUUCACACGGUAUUGGUGACAGG